UGGGAGCGGCGCUGAGAUGGCGGCGGCCGCCGCCGGGCUGAGCUGGAGGCGGGUGUCCUCCUUCACGGGGCCGGUGCCGCGCUCCCGCCACGGGCACCGCGCGGUCGCCAUCCGAGAGCUGCUCAUCAUCUUCGGCGGCGGCAACGAGGGCAUCGCCGACGAGCUGCACGUCUACAACACGGUUACAAAUCAAUGGUUCCUUCCUGCUGUAAGAGGAGAUAUUCCUCCAGGCUGUGCAGCACAUGGAUUUGUUUGUGAUGGUACCAGAAUACUAGUUUUUGGAGGAAUGGUUGAAUAUGGAAGAUAUAGUAAUGAUUUAUAUGAAUUGCAGGCAAGUCGAUGGCUCUGGAAAAAAGUGAAACCUCAAGCUCCUUCAAACGGAUCUCCACCCUGUCCUCGGCUUGGCCACAGCUUUUCUUUGUAUGGUAACAAGUGCUAUUUAUUUGGUGGCCUGGCAAAUGAAAGUGAAGAUUCAAAUAAUAAUGUUCCCAGAUAUUUAAAUGAUUUCUAUGAACUGGAGCUGCAACAUGGGUCUGGCGUGGUCGGCUGGAGUAUUCCUGUGACCAAAGGAAUCUUGCCAUCUCCCCGAGAAUCUCACACAGCCAUUGUGUACUGCAGAAAAGAUGUGGGAAGCCCAAAGAUGUAUAUUUUUGGAGGCAUGUGUGGCUGUCGGCUUAAUGAUCUCUGGGAACUUGACAUUGAAACCAUGACCUGGUCAAGACCAGAAACCAAAGGGACAGUACCACUUCCUCGCAGUCUCCAUACGGCCAAUGUAAUAGGAAACAAAAUGUAUGUUUUUGGUGGAUGGGUUCCACAGUCAGCAGGAGGUGAAAUUUCUGCUCCUGAUGGCGAAUGGAAGUGCACCGGUUCAUUUUCUUACCUUAAUUUGGAUACCACAGAAUGGAUAGGUCUGAUCUCAGAUUGCCAGGAGGACAAAAGUAACUUGUUACCAGGGCCAAGAGCAGGACACUGUGCUGUAGCUGUUGGCACUCGUCUGUAUAUCUGGAGUGGUAGAGAUGGUUACAGAAAAGCUUGGAACAAUCAAGUUUGCUGCAAAGAUCUUUGGUACCUUGAUACUGAGAGACCUCUAGCACCAUCACAGGUACAGCUGAUCAGAGCUACAACCAACUCUUUUCAACUGAAGUGGGAUGAGGUACCUACAGUUGAAGGAUACCUUCUUCAGUUACAUGCUGACUCACCAGUGCCACCGGUGGCUGGAAUUCCUGGUACUGGUGUUCCUGAGACAUCAGUGCUGAGUUCACAAGGUGGCUGUUCUCUCCAUCAGAGUCCACAAUCAUUGCCUAGCGUACCUUAUCCAGAAACGAAGGUGGAUCAUCCCAGCCAAACAAAUAAUCUCAUUCCUAAUAAUGUCCAAGUUGCCCUUUCAUCCAGUUCAAAAGUAGAAGGAAAAGAAAAGGUUGCAGCACCUGAAAAUAAGGUUACACAGGAGACUAUGAAAAACCAUGCAGAUGCUACAGGAUUCAAAGAAUCAAAUGCCCCUUCUCUUUUGCCUGUCUGUACUUCAAGUGCUCAGACAUCAGCAAAUGUAGGUGAAUUACAUGACUUGGACAAACAAAGUGUAAAUCCUGAUGCUUCUGUAUCCAGUACUGUCUCCAGCACACAAACUAUGGUAACCCAGCAGGCUGUUAAAACUGAAUCAUCAAGUACAAAUGGGGCAGUUGUUAAAGAUGAAACUUCACUAACAACAUUCAAUUCAAAAUCUGAAGCUGCUGAAACUGCUUUUGCCAUGCCUUCAACAAGGGUCAAUACUGGACAGACAAAUGAUUCACACUCUUCUAGAGCUCCCCAGAGGCCGCCAGCACCGGUGAAAACCAGGGACCGCCGGUGGUAUGAUGUGGGAAUUUUUAAGAACAACAGUGCUGUGGUGAGCCAGUUCUACCUGCUGCCAGAGGAAACACUGAACAUCAAUAGCAAGGCGGAAGGUGCAGAUGUACCAGACUACAGAUUACUUAAGAAACAGGAUCUGUUUCCAGGCACAGUGUACAGGUUCAGAGUUGCUGCAAUUAAUGGCUGUGGUGUUGGGCCUUUCAGUAAAAUCAGUGAAUUCAAGACAUGCAUUCCAGGUUUUCCUGGAGCUCCUUCAACAGUCAAAAUCACCAAGAGUGUAGACUGCAUUCAUCUUUCUUGGGAGCCUCCUGCUUCACCCUCUGGAAAUAUUUUAGAAUAUUCUGCCUACUUAGCUAUCCGUUCCACGCAAUUACAGGAAAAUCCAAGUCAGCUUGUAUUUAUGAGGAUAUACUGUGGUCUCAAAACUUCCUGCAUAGUGACUGCUGCCCAGCUUUCCAAUGCCCACGUGGAUUACACCUCCCGGCCUGCCAUAGUGUUCAGGAUUUCAGCCAAGAACGAGAGGGGCUAUGGCCCGGCCACGCAGGUCCGGUGGCUUCAAGAUAUGAAAACAUCAGGCUCAAAGUAGAAGCGACUUAAUAAAUCUCAAGUUUCGAAUGUAGUGUUUAAUGUAACUCUUGUACUAUUUGUAAAUGCUACAAAUAUUUUAUUUUUGCAUUGUUUUUAUCUUAAAAAUAUAUAACCUUUUUUACGUUUGACACAUCAACGUUAUAGAGCCUUGCUCAGGUAUGAGUAUCAUAUAGAAAAUGUAUGAGAGAUGGUGGGGUGGAGGAUCACACUCUAUCCAGCAGCUCUUUUUGGUAGUGAUAAGUUAAAAAGUAAAGAACACAGAAUUUCAAACUAAAAAUGAAUAAAAGAAUUGGCACAAGUAGUAGUAUUUGAAGUAGAGUCCCCGUGAUUGCUAUAGAUCUUGCAUAGGUAAUUCAUAAGAUUUGGGAUAUGAACAAAUUCUGUUUGGUUUCGGUUCCCUAUACCACAUUCUUCAUUGUGGUGCCUGAGUACAAGGCAAAAAUUUCCAGUUAUUAUAUAGUAACUUAAAAUGUAUAAAUAUUUUAAUAUAUACUUUUUUUGUAAAGAAAUGAUUUUUUCUACUAUUUGUAACAAAUAUCUUAAUCUUGAAAGAUAUCCCCUGAAAAUUUAAAAGGAAAAAGAUAAACUUAUCCACUGCUCUUAUUACAAAAAACGCAAAUUCAUUGUAAAUGCACUACUAUUACUUAAAAUAAUCCUUUUGUAGUUGUACAAAUCUAAAACUUGUAAAUACCAAUGUUUACAAGAGACCUUUCUGGUCUUGUAUUAAAACUUCCAUGAGAUUCAUUCUCCUUUUUUUUUUUUUUUUUAAAUCCAUAUGCUUUGCUUUUAGCAUAUGCUUGCUUUUUGCACUAAUAAUAACUUACCUCAUUCCUGUGUUAGUAAUCACUUGUGUUGCUUCCAUAAUGUUUCUGUAAAACUUCAAUCUGAAAAUUUUAACCAAAGUUUAGAAUACAUGGUAAGCAAUUUUGCACAUGUUAUAUGGCAACUUUCAACAUAUUUAUUCCAGUUAAUCUUCUUAAGUGCUUGUUUGCUUUACCAAUAUAUUCUACCAAUCGAGUUCAGUAUCUCCCUUUUACUAUGCAUCAUUUUACAUUAACUAGCUAGCUGAUAAAAUCAACAAGCAUUACUUCUAGGAAUAGGUUGAUCCAUUCCUAUGCGAAAAGAAAAACAGUUGUUCACAGUAGUGAAAUAAAGGUAAACAUUUUAAAUGCUAUUUAUGUAUCUAUAUAUAAAACUAUGUUUACCAAAGUGUAGAGGAAAAUGGCUGAGUUGGACAAGGUCACUAGGUGAAUAGAUUGAGGCACCUAAAUAAGAUUUAUUUUAAAAUAAAAUCUAAAUUAUUUACUGUGCAAUGAAGUUUAUACUUUGCACUUUAAUUUUGCCCCAAAUGCCAAAAGAUUAUACAUCAAGGUAGAAUUUCUUGCCUCUUCCAGUUAAAUUUGUCUUAAGAGCAUUUGUAAAUAUAUAAACUAAAAUCAAUGAUGUGCCUGGUUUGGUGGGAGAAGUAUCACUAAAAUGGUAGAGAUUUAGCAGCAGCUCAAGUAUCCCAGAGCAGAUUUAAUAGCCAAGCAUUGGCUACCCUGAGAAUCAGGGUUAUAACGAAGUGCUGGUACAGCCUUAAUUAUUGCAAUGCAUCACAUGCUCCAAUAGCAUCUAGAAAGUGCUGGGGACCAUAAAUGGCUAUAAUAGUGUUAAUUGUGGCACAGGAGUAACACAUGUGGUUUGACUCCAGAGAAAAAUCAUGUGUUUAUGGCAGUAACAGAUAUCCCAGUUUCACUUUAAACAGUGUUUAUAGUAUGAAUGUAUAGGACUUUUCCUGAAGUUAACUGGCUUUAAGAUAUUUGUGUUUAAAUGGUCCAUUUCGUCAGGUAGGAUCUCGCUACCAAUACUGUCUGAUAACUAAAGUACCAUACACAUGAACUGUCAACUAGAAGAAUAGAACUUGGUUUUUCUUAUUAGUACUGUGAAAGAAGCCUUUAGAGAAAACACUUGUGGCUUUGAUUUUGUUGGUUGAUAGCUGUGAUUGUAGAGUUGUUAUUUAAGAAUAAAACCUGUUGGGUGUGUCUGGGUGGAGUUUUUUUGCACUUGGUUUCACAUGCUUUGCACAAUUUCUUUUUUCAGUGGGUAUGUCACGACUACCAAAGGGUAAAACUGUGGCGUUUUCAAUGAAAGUAUAAUUUCCUUGUGAGUGUGCUUUCUUCAGCUGACUUGACGUAAGGUGUCACUUUCUCUUUUUCGUCCAAGUUGGGUAACGUUGAAUAGUGAUCAUAUGCAACUCUUCAGUUGCUCACAGUUUUACUUUAAACUGAAAUUGUGGUACACACUGUAAAAUACACUUUGUGGUCUGUUUUUAGAACUGUAUUUAUAAUGUCUAAAUCCCACCUGUUUGCCUAUCAACUAGAUAUCAGACAAAUAUUGAUUGUUCGAUUUUAAAGUUUAGAGGACUGUUGACACCAGCUCUUUAAGACUCCAUGUUAUCCAUUUAUUUCAGAUACUGCUAAAGGACAUGUAACAGAAGCUGAAAUCUAUCAGAUUACAGUAUCCAUAUUGUAGAAAUGUCUAGGUUUACUGAACUCCUUAGGGAGGUUGUGACUGUAAGCAUAGGACAGUCAUGCCAGUCAUGGCAGACACUGCUACAGCUUCAUCUUCAGAAUGUUCUUGUGAAAGUGGAAAUGAAGUGAACAAUAACCUACACUUUGUGUUUUCAAAGUAAUUAUAGCAAUAUCUUUUGAAUGUAGUUUGGAGUAGAGCACAUGAUCAUGCCAUAAACUCUGAAGAUAUUAUAAUAAGUAUUACUGUUGUUAUCUGAUUAUUUCAGGAUAGCAAAUUUGACGUGAACUUAGUCUUACAGCCUGUUACUUAAUGACCUCUACAAGGAAACUGACAUUUUGUACAAUACAAGUUGAUUAGUCUUAUUUUGAAGCAUUGUUUGUUCUUUGUAAUAAAGUGGUUGUCCUAUCAAACGCAUUGUAAAUACUGAAGUGUCUGUUUUUUCAGCGGUGUGCGUGUACAAACUUGGAAUUUCUGAUACAGAGUGAGUAAAUUUGUCAAAUUGGGGAAGAGGGUUAAAUGAUAAGCACUGUCAUAAUACUAUUACUCUUCCAUAAAUAUUGUCUCCUAAGUUAAUUCUUAGUUGCCUCAUGAGCUUUUUCCUUAGCUGAGGUUCUCCAAUAUCCCUGUCCCACCUUCUGCAGUUGCUGUGCACUCACCAUUACUCUGCCUCCUUCCAUGCCUUUGUGACUUGCAGGCUGUGGCCUCUGAAUUGAAAUUUUGACAUUAUUUCCCCUGUCUGUACAGGGGUCCUGUUGCUGUUGACAAUGAGUGACAAAGAGUUUGGUGUUGCUCUGUUGCAGUUUGUUAAAAAGAUGUGUGAGCACUUAGUGUGCUCAGAUGGCUUCUAC